UUUAUCAUUGUUCCAUGUGGCAAUUGUUCGGAACGAGGUUGUUAAUGAAAAUGGUCGACAUGGAAGUGUACGAGACUUGUCUUGAUUUGAUCUUGUGUCAAUAUUAUUGUGUUUGAAAAAAAAUUGCUGCGAUGGGAACCAUGGUGAGUUUUCAAUAAACAUGGUUAGCUUCUCUGCAAGUAUAAAGAUGAACCCUCUGGGGCUUCUUCUGGCCUUAAUCUGUGUGACGAGUACAAUAUUCUACUUCCGUAACAUGAUUAGAGAGAGCAGGCCAAUAAAAAGACUAUCGUCUCUUGCUAGUCGCUUAAAAUCACAGGGAUACAAUGUGGUUGGGCUACAAAGCAAUGACAUUUCAAUGAAAGAGCUUUUGGUUGCUGCUAUAGAAGUUGCAAAGCGUGGUGGAAUCAAAGUGAAACAAGUCAGAGAAUCAAACAACUUACAGGAGCAAAGCAAGGGAGAGACAGCCGAAGGUGUUAAUGACCCUUUAACUGAAGGAGACCUGUUAUCACAUCAACAGAUGUAUUACAGUUUUAAAAACACAUGGCCUGACGUAGCAGUAGUUUCAGAAGAGAGUGGGACUUCAAAAGUAGUUGAUACUGCAGCUGUUGAUCAACUUGAAACCGAUGGCAUUGAAAGCAAAUUAUCUGAUAAAAUGGAUAUUUAUGUUCCAAAAAGUGAUAUUAUGAUAUGGAUUGACCCAUUGGACGCUACAAAAGAAUACACAGAAAAUCUAAGGCAAUAUGUUACUACUAUGGUAUGCGUGGCGGUUGGAGGGAAAGCGGUUAUAGGUGUCAUACAUAAACCGUUUUUGGGUGAAACGUUUUGGGCCUGGUAUCAACACGGUCAUAAUAUACCGCAAAAAACUGAUGGCAUGUUGCAUAAAUCGCCUAGAAUAAUUGUUUCAAGGUCACAUGCUGGAACUGUAAAUGAAACGGCAAGAAAAGCAUUUGGAGAGGAUGUACGAGUAGUUGCAGCUGGGGGUGCAGGUUAUAAGGUGAUUGAACUUGCCAAAGGCAAUGUAGAUGUGUAUCUUCAUUCGACAAAAAUAAAGAAAUGGGACAUUUGUGCUGGAAAUGCAAUUUUAACAUCGUUAGGCGGGAAAAUGACAAGCCUUAAAGGAGCCGAUAUUGCAUAUGAUAAGAAAGAGGAUGUCGUUUUGACAGAUGGGCUUUUAGCGACAAUGGCUGACCAUGAGAAGUACUUUAAGGAACUGAAAUCUCAGUAAACCUUUUUAGGCUAGCAAAGAUUUGCUGCUUGCUCCAAGAGUUUCGAAUUUUGAGUACGUUUAUUGACGCGACCAAUUGGUCUAUAUUAGAUACAAAAUUCGUCGUGUUGAAGAUUUCUAGAAUACCAUAUUAUUAAGUUAUUGCAAAUUGUUUUUUUUCGAGAGGAAUCAUUAAUGUUAGUAUGGUAUAUGGAGCUUGUAAAAAUGGUAUAGAAGCAUCAAGGAGAGCCAUUUGACUGUUUUCUUAGGAAACUGGGCUUAUAGUCGCCAGUUUCUUAAGCUAUCGAAGUUGGUUGCGAUAAUCAGCAAACAAAUUAUAUUGCUUCAAUUUGCCUCCCUUCUCACCAAGGUAUGGCGAAAGCUGUCAGAUUAGUACCUCCCCCCCCCCUCCUCCAUUGCCAAGAUGAAGUUAAAGGUGUAAAGUUGGUCAAAUAAAGCUAAUAACGAUGGUUUCCGCAAAAGAUUUUCACUACUGCAAAGUGUCAAAGUGUCUACUGACAAAAGGAAUUUAUUGUGGGAGAUGUUCAUGAUAAAGAUGGGCGAACGUUGCCGGCUGGUUUUCAGUAGAAAAUAAAAGUGUCCAUUUGCGGGCGGAACCUUUUGAACAUUGGUUCUAGUUUAUCAACCUUUGACCGUAAACAGACCACGCCCACGUUAUGAUACAGUUUUAUCGCUUUAUCAAAAUUAUUCGAUACGACGCAGGCGCCUUGCUGACACGAAGCUCUUUGUCUAUUAUUUGAAGGAACGAAGUUUUUUCUUAUUAACCCAGAAGAUGCACAUAGUGUGUAUCUCAUAAGUUGCAAGGAUAUUCAGGUUGAGCUAGUAGUUGGUUAUAGAAAUCUAAGUUGAUUCAUUCUUCCAAUGUUUCGUAUGAAUGCUUUAAGUUGAAGAGGCAGAAAUGCUUUUUUAUAGCAACGUGAUAGCAAGUUGUGGUGUCGCUCAGUACAGUUUUUUAUUGCAAAAGCGAAGUCUUCUUGUCCUUUUGUCAAGAGAAGAAAAUUUCCUUCACCAUAUCACAGCUGAAUUACAUACUCACUUACCAUUUUUCCGAAGACUUGCUUCUAUCUGCAAACUUUUACAUAGAUAUCUUACUGUAUGAACUGUCUUGAUCCACGCCCACUUGGCAGCACAACCAGCAUUUCUAGAAAGUAAACCUAGUUCAGUAUUGUUGGCAACAUAUUCGUACUAUAUAGCGUUUGAGCAUUCCUGCUUAGAACUGUGUAAAUCUAGUUUUGAACGUUUACACGAUAAAAUCAUAAAUUGUGUUGAAAUUUAGAAAACAUA